GCGCAUAGGCAGCCCCCAAGCCUGUCAUUCUGCAAAAACACAGUUUACUCAACACACCACACACACACGCGCACACACACACGCGCGCACACACACGCGCACACGGGCCCCCUCGCGCACACGCACGGAGGGCGCGAGCGAGCAGACGCGCACACCCGGCGAGCCAAGUUCCGCAGCCUGGCAUGGCUUCUGGGGACCUUUACGAGGUUGAAAGGAUUGUAGACAAGAGGAAGAACAAGAAGGGAAAAUGGGAGUAUCUGAUCCGGUGGAAAGGCUACGGGAGCACGGAGGACACGUGGGAGCCGGAGCACCACCUGCUGCACUGUGAGGAGUUCAUCGAUGAGUUCAACGGGCUGCACCUGGCCAAGGACAAGAGGCUCAAGUCGGGGAAGCAGCCCGGCACCUCCAAGCUCCUGCGGGACGGCCGAGGCCCCUCGGUCGAGAAACUCUCCCACAGACCCUCAGAAUCCGGCAAGAGCAAAGGGACUUCCCAUAAACGGAAGCGGAUCAACCCUUCCCUGUCCAAGCCCAAGAAAGGGUACUCGGCCAAGCCCCCCGCGGGCGGGGACAGGGCCGCCAAGACGGUGUCUUACAGGACUACCCCCAGCGGCUUGCAAAUAAUGCCCCUGAAAAAGGCACAGAAUGGGAUGGAAAACGGGGACACCGGCUCUGAGAAGGAAGACAGGCACUUUGGAAACGGGUCCCACCAGCCUGGAUUGGAUUUGAAUGACGUGGGCGAGCAGGACCUGGGUGACGGCGACGCGAGCCCCGCGGCGCUGGCGGAGAACGGACUUGGCUCCGCUCUGACCAACGGGGGACUCAACCUGCACAGCCCAGUGAAGAGGAAGCUGGAAGCGGAGAAGGACUACGUCUUUGACAAGAGGCUCAGGUACAGCGUCCGCCAGAACGAAAGCAACUGUCGCUUUCGGGACAUCGUCGUGCGGAAGGAGGAGGGCUUCACGCACAUCCUGCUGUCCAGCCAGACCUCGGACAACAACGCACUGACUCCCGAGAUCAUGAAGGAGGUGCGGCGCGCGCUGUGCAACGCAGCCUCGGACGACAGCAAGCUGCUGCUCCUCAGCGCCGUGGGCAGCGUGUUCUGCAGCGGCCUGGAUUACUCCUACCUGAUCGGCCGGUUGUCCAGCGACCGCAGGAAGGAGAGCACCCGCAUUGCAGAGGCCAUCAGGGACUUUGUGAAAGCCUUUAUCCAGUUCAAGAAGCCCAUCGUGGUGGCGAUCAAUGGGCCCGCCCUGGGCCUGGGCGCCUCCAUCCUGCCCCUCUGUGACAUCGUGUGGGCCAGCGAAAAGGCCUGGUUUCAGACCCCCUACGCCACCAUCCGCCUCACGCCCGCUGGCUGCUCCUCCUACACCUUCCCGCAGAUCCUGGGCGUUGCGCUGGCCAACGAGAUGCUCUUCUGCGGGCGGAAGCUCACUGCUCAGGAGGCAUGCAGCAGAGGCCUGGUGUCCCAGGUCUUCUGGCCAACCACGUUCAGCCAAGAGGUCAUGCUGCGGGUCAAGGAGAUGGCCUCCUGCAGCGCAGUGGUGCUGGAGGAGUCGAAAUGCCUCGUCCGGAGCUUCCUGAAGUCCGUGCUGGAAGAUGUGAACGAGAAAGAAUGUGUCAUGCUCAGACAGCUGUGGAGUUCCUCCAAAGGCCUGGAUUCCCUCUUCAGCUACCUGCAGGACAAAAUUUACGAAGUCUGAGGGCCCGGUGCUCGAGGGCAGCUGACUUCUAGCUCUGCCCGUGUUUCAGAAAUCGGAGCACAGUGUAUGCCCGGCCAAGGAGUCUGUCCAGGUGUCUCUCUUUACCCAGGGUUGUGUCCAUUUCCUCGUGUCCUUUGGUUGCUCCUCGUUGGUUUGGUUUUGUGUAGCGAUGGGAACGCAGCGUACUUGGCCCCCCCUCCCCGUGCCCCCACCCCAGCUGGCUGGAGAGCUGUCGAGGGCUAUAUCUUCCCAGGCCUCUGCCAGGUGCCCGUGUCCUGCCCCCACUUGCUGAAAUGCACCGUCCUGGUCCAGGAAGGGGAAGACCCGUUUCCCCAUCCUUCGGACUCAGGCUGUGUCUACACAGUGCCUCUGAUUUGCAGACGUGGCUGCCACGGCUCUGUCUGGUUACGUGCAGAUCCAGUGACGGGGGAUCACCUGUGUUGGGGAACUUCCAGACCAAUAAGCAGGACGAUUGUGUAGAGCCAGCCUCGGUCUCCUCUCUGAUGCAGAUCUGUGUGGCUUUUAGGGCUUGGUCUUAAAACCCAAUUGAGUGAUUUACAAACCCAGAUAUUGUACAUUUAGGAGCGUUUUGUUAAAUAUAUAUUUUUAAAACAAUGUAAGAGGAAAUUCUGAUAAUUUAUGUGUAUUAUAUGUAAAGCUAGUUUUGCAAACACAUGAACUACUAGGAAAAUGUUUUUUUUUCUUUAAUCAGACUUAUUUAAUUUAUUUAUUUUUGUUUAUAUAUUAUGAUAUCUGUUGUUCACACAGAUAUUAUCUUCAUACUGCCCUGGACCAAACCCCUUACGAGGUUCAUGCCAUUUGAUGCAUUCUAGCAAUGAACCACGCAGAAGUAAAAUUCAGAGAGAUGAGAACGGGGUUUCUAUGAAUAAAAGGAACACCUCUGCCCCAGAUUCUCUACAUGUAAAAUGGUUCUGUGAUAAUUGAAUACUCUUUCUUAGGAGAAAUCACAGAAGAGUUUUUCUCUUCACUUUGCUGCCUUUAAGGAGAUAAAGGGGCCUCCUGCCUCAAUGGUCCUGAGACACACCCAGUCCCUAAUCGUGUGACAUCACGAAAAGGUGGGGAAUGGGCCCACCUGGGGGUUGCAUAUUGUUGAGAGAGACUUCUUCCUUUGGGACAAAUGACUCCACUCGGAUUUCAGAGUCCCUUUCCUCCAUGUGAACAGUGAGGUCUGGUUUGGGCCUUCCAGGGAGGUAGGGAAGAGUCCCCACUCUGUUGAGCUGUUGUGUUAGUAGAAGGUCUGAAUCUUUUUGCCUCCAGAAGCCCAGACUCUCGAUCUUUUUUCAGGUUGUUUACUUCCGUCAGGGAGCAUGACCAGGGAUGGGGCCUCCUGCCCAGGGCCUGUGGGCUGCAGGGGGACCCCAGCACUUGUAUUCAUACCAUCAGCCUAAAGUCCUUGGAUUGGCUGCAGGGAAGGAGGGCUUUUGGUUUUAGGUUUUGGUUUUGGUUGGAGAGGAGAAGGCAAACAUCGAGUUUAAAGCAGAGAAGUGACAGGACCAUGCUCUGUACGAGAGUCAAGCACCAGAGAAAGUGAGGUUCUCAGAGUGGCAGGAUUUUUCCAUUUCCAUCACAACCCCCCUCGUGUGCUCAAGGACCUCUGUGCGCCUGUCUCCUCCUCCCUCUGAGUCAGCAGCCCCUCUUGGCCCUUCCUUGGAGAGAGUUGAGUGGAGCAGUGAGAGUCGGGCACGGCUUGGGGAGGGUAGGCGGGCUGAGGAGAGAGAGGGUCGUUGCUAGAGCUCUCUCCCUCUCUGGUCCUCUUCUCUCCUCUGAAGGCAGCUGGAUGCACUGGGCUGGGCAGAUAGAGAGGAUUCAUGGCCCUGAGUUUUGUGUUUCAGAGAACAGGUGGAGUGUCUACACUAGAACUAGAGACAUAGGCCUUUAAACAGCGAACCUGAGUUUACUUGGAUUCUCGAUCCUACAGAUGGUUUUGUUUCCCUCUGUAGAAAGCCUCUCUCCUUCUGAGUUUCCCCAUGACUUCAUGAGGCCCAGGGAAGAGGACUCACUUUCUUCUCCCUUCGGCAGGGGGACAGCUGCCUUGGCUGAAUCCAGCCAGAGGAAGAUGGAGCUUGAAGUCCUGUGUACCCUCUCCUUUGUCCACGUGGGAUCCUGUAGGAACUGCAGACCUAGACGAUGGGGAGUUACUAUAGGAAAACACCUGCUUUUGCCCAAAUGCGUGUUGUGCCAUCUCAGUUUGGGUUUAUCUCUUCUUUUGAGAAAGCCAGUGUGUGCUCUGCCAAAGGCCCUAGACAGCCUCAUCCUUGGCAGAAAUUUCUCAACUAUCACUACGUCAUCUAAAGAAAGAGCACCUUGCUUUCUGUUUACCUUCUAGGGACAGCCACAUUCGACGUCUCUAGAAGCAGUGUUAGGAUUCUCGUUGGAGACGGAAGAGAAUGUUUGGAAAUUUCUUUUGCUCAAUGCCCAUCUUUGUUCCCUGCUGAAAAAGCCAGAAGUGUUUAAGCUUUGGACUAAAGCAUAGCUUUGGAUCAUCAAAUCCAAACUUGUAAACACCUGGAGGAUCUCUGUUGCUAAGGUAGGAAUGGGAAACCGUCACUCAGGUGGAAUACCUGCUGUUAACAUACAGAUUCCGUGUAUGACAGGAGCUCUUUUACAAGGCAGUCUGUGUUUCGGUUGUUUCCACACAGUCAGUGCAAGAAGGAUGUUCCACAGAUUGGGCAUAAGUCAAUUAAAUCUAUUUGCUGCAGGGUAAACAGAACCACUGAGUUUUUCACUUUUUGGAUAGUUGUUUUGAUCGCGUAUAGAUUAAAUCCAGGUAACUUAUGGCCAAUCCAGCUGGGUUGGAAUUUUCCAGACCUGUGGUUGUGUCAGGGUUUAUCCUCAUAGCUUUCUCAAGACAGGGCCCAGGCUUUCACUUUCUGUCUUCUACCCCAGGACCUUCUCUCCACCCGUAAGAGCCUUUCUCCGCUCUCUCUACUCUGCUUUGCCCCCUCCCCAUCCCAGAGUCUGGGCAGGUCUUGGCGGAAUUGUGCUUGGUCCUGGUAGCCUCAUCCCGGGAUUACCUUUGGGGUUGGAAGAAUGGCUAUGGUAGGAAGUUGAGGAUACUUCUUUGGUCAAGGAAUCUUCUGGGCAAUCCACUCUGUGCCAUCCUGUUAGUCGUGCAUUAAAACUCCCCUCUCCUCCAACCCCUGGUGAGUAGCUUCAAGCGUCUUGCGGCAGAAGCACUUGAGUUAAGAGCUCUUCCAGGAGGAUGUUUUGGAGAACUUUGCUAAGAUGGUCAGAGCUCCUCACCAUUUGGAAACCUCAGCCUAAGGCUGAUGUACCCAUAUGUCCCUUCCUGCUUUAAAGGUUUUCUGUGGGUGAAAACCACCAAAAAUGACCCUCUAGGAAUGAAAUUAGAUAACUCUGAGAAGGUAGUAGAAAAUUGAUUUUAAAUGUUAUUCUUGUUUGGUAUAAAGUAAACUAGGAAAUGUUCUCUCUGAAGCAUGAAAAUAUGUUUUUCCCAUAUGAAGUUUAGUAUGAGGAUGGAAAAAAUGGUAAUCAUAAUAGACUUUGAUCAAUGCAACUGUAUCUCCAGAUAUCCACAUUUAAAAAUAGCCUUGACUGGAUACUGAAUUGCAUUUCCCAUUAUUAAUUGUUGGCUUAAAAAAUUUUGUAAACUUUUUUUAUUUUGAAAUUUAGUCACAUUCAUGUAAUUUUCCAAUCUAGUUUCUGUGAAAAUUUUUUAAACAAAGAGAAACAAAUAGAAGCAUCUUCAGAUCUGUUUAGAAACAUAUUCAGAUCCUCAGUGAAUACUUAAAAUGCAGAAUUGCUUCUUUUCUGUGCUUCUGUAUUCAGAUACUUAGAUCUGUUGUAUAUAUUAGUUUAGACAUCCUCACUAAUAUACACAGUAUUUAAGACUCUAAAUGAGAUUUCUUAAGUAUUUUAUUUUAUUCUCUGUAAAUGGUUUUGUAUAAUCUUUAAAAAUCUACACUUUGCCUUUGUAGAUAUUUAAGGGAACCAUUUGGGGGUUGUCUUGCAUGUAUAUUUUUGUUGUAGAUAAGUGUUGCUUAGUUAUUUCUGCAAACUUCAGUUGAAAUGCUUACAGACUUUAAUACAGUAUAUAUUUUCAGAAAAUAAACUUUUAUAUUUCUGUGGUAAGUUAGGAUAUGCGUUUUAGGCAAUCUUUUCCAUUAAUAUCACUUGUUCUUUCAAAAAAUAGCAUUCUGGUUUGGUGCCAAUGGUUUUUUUGUUUGUUUGUUUUUUGUCUUCCAUUAGGAUCUAGUGCUCUUAAAUUGUUAGAGAGCCGGUUAAUUUUCUUUUUCUCAAAGUAAUUGAGUUUGAAAUAUAAUUUGAAAAUGUAUUGAACUUGUGAAUAAGCCUUACCAUUAGGAUCAGUAAAUUUUCCAACCUUUGCAACUACGUAUGUAGUUGAAGAUCUCCCCAUAAAUUCGCACUGUGUGGCAGUUGAUGGAGUUUGUGAACAGAGCCUUAAGCUUGUUGCAAAAAAAGAAAAAAAAAAGGUAAUACGGGUUGUUUCUUCCAAGCAACGUAAGCCAUGUGGGUGGACUCUGUGUGGUCUGUGCACCAGGGCUGAUCUGGAGAGUUCGGUUGUGUUGACGGCGGCAGGGGCCAGAUAGACCCCUUGGUGAUUGUCUUUGGCCAUACGAAGGGACCACGGACAGAUGUUCUGGAGCCACCUUUGUACUCUUCACAUGGUGUGGACACGGUCACAGGGAGGGUGCUGGGCCAUCAUUUGUUUUGAACCAAUGGCGUUUUCUGCUCCUGACCUUGGUGGUUGACCCCAGGCUCCUUGCAGGUGACCUGGAAACGGCCAGUCUGGCUGUGGUUAGCACUCCUUGAGAGAUGUUAACAAAGUUUACAUGUGCGUCUUACUGUGUAGACAAUCUGAAAUCGAUUUCAGUUACAUAAUCCACAUUCCCACAUGUCCUGAGUGUCUUCUCAGUGAACCAGGUGUGUUAAGCCAUACUGAACCUAAAUUUAGCAGGGCGCAGGCCAACUAGAUGCACAACAUACACGUGAGCUGAGCCAGUCCACCCCGGGCCAUUUGAAUGGUGUGUAAGCCACGGAGCUCACUGGCAGUGUGUCCACUGUGUCUGAGAUCUGAUAAAACCAACUGAAAUUUGGAACUUAAUUUUUUUUAAAAAUUAUGAUUCUUUUCAGUUGGCCCUGCUUCUAUUACCUACUGGUUCUCCUUAUCAAGGCUUUAAAGAUGAUCCUGAGACCAGGGCCAUAGAGUGGCUAAAGUCACUUGGUUCAUCUUGAAUAAGUGUUCAUAAAGUCAACUUAUCUCCCAUUAGAAUGGAGAUUUACUUCAAAUAUUUGCAGGGUGUGUGUCAAUCAGAGAAACUGACAUCUAGUUUUACGCUUUGGCUCUGGCAUCUCUGAGGUUGACGAUGCCUCGUUGGCCCAACACCUGGCCUUACGCUGGUGCUCAUUAAGGGGACUCUGGGAAGUUUGGAGCGUGCGGAGUUUUCCAUCUAGUAGUUUAUGUGUCCCUGUGCCAUUAGUCCCAGCUUGAAGUCACUUGCUGAUGUCCAUGUUGACAGGAUUGUGAAAAUAUUGCCUUUCAUAAAACCAAGGACCAAAGAAUUCCAUUAUUCCAGCCAAGCACGAGUUUCAUAGAUCGUGGGCACAUCUAGGCAGAGAUAUGCAUGCUCUAUGGCACAGAGAAACUGCUCCCGUCCACCGACCUCAUGCCCCCACCAGCUGGCCCUACAGAGGGAUUUCUCGUCACCUUGAGAAGGCUCUGAAAGAUGAGUUUCUCGGAUUGAAACGCACUAUCUCAGGUAGGUGUUUCUGCUGUGAAGUCCCAGCCUUUAUCCAUAUCAGUACCGUAAAGAGUGGAGGUCAGGUAUUCUUCAGGUUCUCUGACCAGUGUGGACUGCACCAUCUGAAUAGAAACCUCCAGCGUGAGUUCUUCAGAUGUGCCUACACUGAGCAGCGAGAUUCUGCACUUGCUAAAUUUCCACCUCCUUUUUGUUCUCUAUCAACCCAUUCCACUUCCUGUUUAGCCCGAGAAGGGUUUUCUUCACUUCCCACACUAGGUGAUGCUCCAUCCUCAUCCAUGAUGAUAUCUUUCAUCCAUUAACCAGCUGAGAAAUGACUGAUCCCGAAGAAGUGGGAUUCUAGUGGUAAGGCUUAUAACCAAACCUCUGAUAAUGAAGCAGGCUACCAAAAACGUAUCCAGCCUACCCUGGGAGUGUUCGGAUUGGAUCAUGGAUCUAGCACACACACCAAAAUCCAAGGAGACCUUUGCAAAUUAGGCUACUUGUUUUCUUUUGCCAGGUUAUCAUGGGAGAGUCUUUAACUAGUUCUGAAUAUCUGUAAGUAUGAGUACUUCAUAGACUUAUAAAGCAGGUACAGCUGCCCCUUUCUCACCACGCUGUAAAUAUUCCCCGAGACUGGGAGCAGUACUGAGGGAUAAUAAUCUUCUGAUUUAUCAAAUGCUGACUGUCUAGAGCAAAUUGUACACUCUCUUUGUGAAUGGUCCUGUAACGUGUAUGAACACAUUUCUGGGUGCCUUAGAAGUUGUAUUUUUCAUGUGUGCUAAUAUGCAGUAUUUAUACAUUGUGAGAAGCUGCUUUGAAUAAAAAGGUUGAAACUUC